AUGAAAAAUAAAAAAUCCUCGAAUAAUACCGGAUAUGUAGCUGAUAUUAAAAUACUUGAUGUUGAAAAACGAUAUAAAUCAGGAUCAAAACAUUAUGUUUAUGUUAUACAAGUUACUUGGUCAAAUCCUGAAAACCUAUUUAUUAUCUAUCGACGUUAUACACAAUUUUUUGAUCUUCAAUGUAAAUUACUUGAUUUAUUUGCUGAAAAACCAUUAGAAUCAAAUAAUGGUACUCAAAUAGGUCGAAUUCCAUAUCUUCCUGGUAAAAUUAUACUUGGUCGAAGUCAAAUACGUCAAAUUGCUUUAGAACGGAAACAAACUCUUAAUGAAUACUGUCAGAAAUUAAUUUCAUUACCUGAACGUAUUUCUCGAUCUCGUCCAAUACUUGAAUUUUUUCAUCCAUUAAUAACUGAUGUACAAAAAUCUAUUGAACCAUUUACGAAUGAAAAAAAUUUACUACGAAAAAAUUCAGUUACUAUAAGUAAACCAUCAAAAUUAGCAACAUAUCGAUGUAUAGAAGACUUUAAUACAACAGAUAAAUUUGAAAUGUCAUUAAAACAAAAUGAUAUUGUUGAAGUACUUGAAAAAAAUGAAAAUGGUUGGUGGUUUGUUCAAAAUGGUGAUCACACAGGCUUUGUACCAGGAGCUUAUUUAGAAUCAUCAGAGCUAGGAUAUGAGAUUUCUGGAAACGAAACAUUUGACAAUUCACUUAAUAAAACAUAUGUUGUUAAUGAAAGAUACGAAGGAAAGAGUUCAGAUGAACUUUCAUUAGAUAAAGGUUCAUUUGUAACUGUGAUUGAAAAAUCACUUACUGAAUGGUGGAUAGUUAAAUUUAAUAAUAUGACAGGUAAAUUUCCAGCAACAUAUUUAUCAUUAUGUGAAGAAAUGUAUACUUCAAAGAAUGUUACAAAUGAUACGUCUAAUGUUACUGCUAAAAUAGAAAAAUCGGAUUAUUCUAAUGAUUCUGAUUGGGAUGAUGAUGAUGAUGAAGAAUAUCAUGAAAAAUUAUUAAAUGAUACUAAAUUCGACUUAUAUUAUGCUCAUAGUAAUUUUAUUGAUAAUAUCGAUAGUUGUUUAUCAUUUCAACGAGGUGAUCUUAUUGAAAUACAUAAUAAACAUUCAAGUGAAUGGUGGUUUGGAAGACGAAUGAUUGAUGGUCAAGAACCGGUUUUGGAUGAAACUAUUGAUAAUAUAUAUGAUGAAUCAUUCAAUCCGGAUCUUUCUAAUUCUUCAACUAAUAAACAACAACAAGAAACAGAAAAACUAUCAACAGAUAUUAUCUAUCAAAAUUUCGAAAGUCAAAUUUCAGCUGAUGCUAUUUAUUCAAAAGAAAUCAAAACUCAACCAAGAAUAGAAACAAAAAGUACUCAUAAAGAGUCUUCUAUACCUAUUCCGCUUAUUCCUAUGAAUGACAACCAAGAAUCGACAUCAAAAUCAGUAAAAGAUCUCGUAAAAAAAUUUAAUCAACGAUUAGUAUAA